CCCUUCGAGCCGUUCAUCUUACUUGUUACACCAUCAAGGUCUCAUAGCUCAUCAUGCCACCCCGAGUCAUCCCUCCUCAAGCAUCCAUGUCUCCUGCACCGAUGGAGAACAUUGCACCGAAUGACGCUCAGGAUAUCCUGGUCAUUCAGGAUGUGAUGGAUACGCUGGACCAGAUCCCUCCAGAGUUGACGAGAGUCCACAGUGAUCUAAACGAGCUCGGCGCGGUUCUGUACUCGACCCUCGUUGGACUCGAGAAAAACCUCAACAAGCUCAUCGACUGGGUCCAAGAUCCGACCAUUACCCCUGACAAACGAUUCGCCCUCUUGCAAGAUAUCGCCGAAGAGGCAGCGAGAUACAAGCUAGGAGGCGAUGACAAGAUUCGCGUCGCCGGAGGCGCCUGCGAUGGAAUUAUGGCUCAUCAACGACACAUUUCCAACCUCAUUGCUUCUUCUACCCUGUUCCAACGCGGACCUUUGUCCCCCUAUUCAUACAAUUUGACUUUGAGUCAACUUCCGCCUCAUGCCAAUACUCGCCGUGGUCAACUUGCUCGAGCUGUCAAUUCUCCAUUUGUUGUCGCGCCUCGAGCGGCUACCGUUGGAGCAUCAGGACUUCCUGAAGGAGCCGUCAGAGAUACGCCUAGUAAGAAGAAGAAGCAUCGCGUACAGGCGCUAGGCAGGGACGACGAUGAUGCCUCGAGUGUGGGAGGAGAGAAGAAGCGUGCGCCAGCGAAGAAGAGGAGGCAACGCGCCGUCUCACCAGCCGAUUCGCUUGCAUCAACCUCCGCCUUCAACGGCAAGCCUUCGCAACCACAAACUGCUCGUCAACUCGCCGCAGCGGCCAACAAGGCCCGUAAGGCUGAAAGAGCAGAUGAAUCCGACGAUGAAUCGGGAGAUGAGGGUCGACAAGACGCUCUUGGCCUCGACAUUGGCAGUCGAGAAGGUUCGCAAGCUGGUGGCAAGAGCAUCAAUGCCACGCCAGUCCUAGCCAAUGGCACUGUCCUCCCUGCAGGUGACAGACGAGGCUCACGAGCCGGCCGAGCUGGCCAAAAGCGAUCUCGGGCCGAUGAUGAAGAUGGAGAGGAGGAAAGCGACGGAGACGACGUCAAGCCAAAGCGAACGAAUGGAUCUGCCCCAAGCGCAUUCAUGAGUCGAAAGAGCAGUGGAAUGGACGACUCGGACGCGCUCGAUGGAGAUGGCCAAGGAGUUGACGGUGACGCCGAUACAAAGCUCUACUGCACUUGUCGACAGAUCAGCUAUGGCGAGAUGAUUGCGUGUGAUGAUGAAGAAUGCGAGGUAGAAUGGUACCACAUUCACUGUCUCGGCUUUGACAAACCACCCGAGGGUAAUUGGAUCUGCCCUCAAUGCGUCGAGCGACGGAAGAAGAACCCGGGCAAGAAGAGGGCCGGCAAAGCAAAGUCCAGGAGGUAGUGUAUGCGUCUGUCAAUCAAAGGACAGUCCAAUGCCUCGCUGUUCUCGGACAAUGAUUUGUGACAUCGUCUGUAUGUAUAUUUUCACUC